AUGUUUGCAACCUCGUCUCUUAUAUUUGUCAAGAUUCUCGCUGUUUUGCGUGGCUUUGCGCAAGUGUCCAUUCUGGUUGGGGCACUUGCUCUCCUUGGUCUCUACACUUACCAGUCUUCACUCAUAUAUCCUGCGCUGUUAAACGAAGGACAUGGACAUUGUGCCACCCCAGAAGAGUACGACAUGCCCUAUGAGGCGGUUGAACUUACUACCUCCGACUCGGUGUCUCUCCAAUGUUACCUGUUGAAACAUGACCCACUGGCUCCAAACUAUACAAACAAGACAGUUGUGGUGCUCUCCCCAAACGCUGGUAACAUUGGACAUGCCAUGCCAAUCGUACAGAUCUUAUACCGUGAGUUUGGCUACAAUGUGUUUAUAUAUUCAUACCGUGGAUAUGGUAAGUCAUCUGGAUCCCCCUCCGAAAAGGGUCUCAAAUUAGAUGCCCAAAGAGUCAUGGACUAUUUGACAACAGAGGAUGAACAAUUUGCUGCCUCCCUGCUUGUCUUGUACGGCAGAUCUUUGGGGAGUGCCGUGGCUAUUUAUAUUGGAGCCACCAUGUCCUCCUCCGUUCAUGCAAUUAUUUUGGAAAAUGCCUUCCUACUGAUUCGUAAAACUGUCCCACACAUCUUUCCAUUCCUCAAAUGGUUUACUGCAUGUGUACAUCAAGUGUGGGACCUGGAACUGCUUGUUGGAUCGAUCCCUAAAAAGAUUCCUGUACUUCUUCUAAGUGCACGUCGUGAUGAAAUCGUCCCUCCAAGUCAUAUGGAUGCCAUCUAUGAGCUUCUCAAUAGCGAAGACAAAACCCUUCAAAAGUUCGAAUCUUCAAUGCAUAACGAUACCGUUGUGCAGCCUAGGUAUUGGGAGAUUGUACAUGAGUUCAUUCAAGAUAAAGUCAACCCAGUGGGUUAUUAA